AUGUCUGUUCGCCAAUCCAAGGCUCAAAAACAAGCAGCCCAUCUGCGCGCUACAAUUCCCGGAAUAGAAGGAGACCCUAAUCAUCACCUCACAGGCUCUUUUCUUCCCCAAACACCACUCGGGGCUUCAACACCGGAGAGAGCUGCUUCUCCAGCGGUUUCUACUGCCUUCAACGCCCUACGAGACCAACGGUCCGUUUUUGUGCGCUGGGCCAUUGAUCCAGCUAUUUCUUUCAAGCUUCUACUAAUCCCUGUCGUACUUUAUCUCAAUUGGGAACUUCUCUCCUAUUUCGGUGUCGAAACAGGGUACCCAAAUCCCUUCAGCAAAAUCUUCCUGCUCUCCGGUUACGUCCCUACAUCGACUCCUGAGGAUCCGCGUUAUCAAAAGACGUGGUGGGAUUUAGCAUUUGUGGGAUACUAUGUCGUCUUCUUCUCUUUCGUUCGUGAAACUUUGUCCCUGAAAAUAUCGCGACCUGCCGCCAAAUACUUUGGGCUCAGGCGCGAAGCGAAGAUUGACCGAUUUAGUGAACAAGCAUACGCACUUUUUUAUUUCAUGUUCUUCGGUGCCUGGGGAUACCGCGUCAUGUCACAACUUCCGACGUACUGGUACAACACUCAAGAGUUUUGGAAUACUUACCCCAACUGGGACAUGAAGCCCGAACUAAAACGAUACUAUCUCAUGCAGUUCGCAUACUGGUGGCAACAGCUAAUUGUUCUUGUGCUGGGACUGGAAAAGCCGCGAAAGGAUUACGGAGAACUGGUCGCCCAUCACUUUGUUACUCUCUGGCUCGUUGGUUGGAGCUAUCUCGUAAAUUUAACAUACAUAGGAAAUGCAGUUUAUAUGAGUAUGGACAUCCCGGAUACAUUCCUGGCGUUCUCUAAAUUAUUGAAUUAUAUUCAAUGGAACACGGCUAAGGUUUAUGCCUUCGGUGUCUUCUUUGUCAUCUGGAGUUAUUUCCGGCAUUAUUUGAACCUAUGGAUUCUCUGGUCUGUAUGGUUCGAGCAGCCAGUUGGUAUUCCUGAAUUCGCAAAGAAAUGGGACUGGUCGGAAGGUGUAUACAUGCCUGGCUGGAUGAAGAUGCAGAUCUUCCUUCCACUGUUAAUCCUUCAAUUUCUGAAUUUGUUCUGGUAUUAUCUCAUGACUAAAAUUCUCAUUAGGGGGCUUAUAUCCAAAGAAGUAGACGAUAGUAGAUCUGAUGACGAAGACGAUGGAAACGACAACGACAACGAGAAAGAGGACUAA